CAAUUUGUAAGCUAUGCAAACCAUCGCUAUUGAAAGGAGAGGGAUUUUUUUGAGUAGUUUUUCCUCAAAUAAUGUAACGUUCCUAUAAACCAUGCCUUAAAGUUAGUUUAAAGAAAGUUGGCUCUCUUUGUAUUUGUGAGGGUUGGAAUUUACGGUCUUGGGUUUUUGAAAGUACACAGUUCCAUGCCAUAUUUAUUUUGUAGAAUUAGCUUGGCGAAUUGCAGAUGCAAACACUGGCAGCUUUAAGAAUGUGCCUGCAAAUUUACUCUGAUGAGCUAGACAAGAGCAGGUUGCUGUGUGACGGAAACCAUCAGAAUGACUCACAACUACUUUGCGUGAGCUUGUUUUCCAACCUCAAAGACCGCCAUGAUGAAGUCUGCCAUCAGCUGAAGGACAUCUUAGGGAUUCCGUGCAGUUAAUCACAACCUGAGUGACUCUAAUAUCUUAUUUGCUCAUUUACGACUUUGGCUGCAAGCUGCUCUGUUGACAUAUUUCCGAUUAGUGUUUUAUUCUGGUGAAAUGUCAACAUCUUGCAGGAAACAUCUACUUCACCUGAGGCAGAAUCUAAAGCACUCUGUCUUAGUAGCACUGUGUAAAUUUCAGUGACAUAUAGGAAAUUAUUUUAUUUCCUAAUUCAGGGUAACUGUGACAGUAAUUGCCUUCAGCGACGACUCUGCACAGCAUUUGAUGACAUAUCCAGUCAGGGUGGGGGUGACCCAUGAUAAAACCCAAGAAGCCACAGUAGUUCACACGUCACUUACUCAUAUAGUCAGAUACUUGGGUCCCACACAGCGACAGAACAACUCUGACAGGCUCCCAGAGCUGAAAUUCAAAAGUUUUUCUCUUCAGCGGCCUGAGGUCUUUCUUGGAUUGACAUGACCAACCCAGUGGUCUCUCAGCAACCAGGGGCAGGUUCCUAUGGGACCAACGUGCAGACCGGCGACUGGAGCACAGGCCUGUGCUCCUGCUGCAGCGAUAUCAUGGUCUGUGCGCUAGGCUGCAUUUGUCCGAUAGCACUUGGUUGCUACACAUCACAUAAGUAUGGAGAGAACCUGUUGCUUGCUUGCAUUCCCGGAGGAAUGACAGCUUUGAGGACCCACAUGAGGCUGACGUAUGGCAUCCAGGGCACAAUAUGCAACGACGCCUUAAUGACGUUCUGCUGCGGGCUUUGUGACACCUGCAGGAUGGCCAGAGAAAUUCGUAUCCGGAAUGGCGAAGUUUGAGCAUUUAUGGAAUCAGAUUUGUACCAAAAAUAAAUUUGAAAGAAAAUAAAACUCACUGAAAUAAAAAAAUAUAUAUAUUUUGUAACUUGCAAACAAAUUAAGGUUAUUCUGCCAAUGGAAUAACUUUGUCACGUAUUACUUAUCGUUAAUUAUAUGCUGUUGCAGGGUUGCCAACUCAUGCAUCUGGCGUGACAGGCUUUCAGACUCUCCUCUCACACAAGAAAUCUUACGGCAAAUCUAUAUUAUUCCAUUACAAACCUAAAACUAGCUACAUCAGAAGCAUUGAGCCCCUACAGACUAUUUACAAGUUAACAAUUCUAUUACGUACAUGUAAAUGAGCGUGCAGACUGAUCUCGAACUGAAAAUUUUCAAGCCAGCCAGCUAAACAAAGUUGGCAAACCUGUAUGAACCCUGCUUUAACUCAAAUAAAACAACUGCAAACUA